AUGAAGUUUUUCAAUAGUUCAAGACUUUUGUGGUUUACAAUAAGUUUAUAUUUAUUAUUCCAAAUAUCUAGCACAUUACCAGUUCCUCAAGCUGAGAUUUCAGGACUUACAAAUCAAAUAAAACACUUAGAUGAACUUUCAAUUGAUCAUCAAAAUACCAAAAUCGAGGAUAUCAACAGAUCAAAUACCUUGGAGGCUCAUGAUGAUGAUGAUGAUGAUGCUUAUAAACAUUAUUCAUUAAUAUCAAGAUCAGAUAUUGAGAAAGCUGAAAAUAACAAAGAAGCCAACAAUUCUGAAAAUGAUCAUAAAAAAAAUUUCAAUAAUCUUCAUCUAAUUUGGAUUGUUCCACUUUGUUUGGUUGGGGUGAUCAUUUUAUUGGCAGCAUUUAUCAGUAAUUGUGAGAGUACCGGCGAUAAUCCUCGUGAUCAAGGGUUUACACAACAUGCCAAUUACCAAAAAAGAUGUAAAAAUAUGAUUCAAAAUGGGUUCAUCAUUUUCGGAACCGCAUGUCUUAUUUUUCUCCUGAUAGCUGGUACAUAUGAAUUAUUAUCAAAUAACGAACAUCCAGUCAUCCAAGAACCAGCCACUGAACUCCCAGUUUCAAAUAAAAGAAACCCAAAUUCAAGCGUUGUAACAAGAUCACAAAUUGAUUCCCAUGUUUAUGACCAAAAGAAACUAGAAGAAGUUUCCAAAUCCUCAAUAAUAGCACCAUAUGGUACUUAUAAACUUAUUACUAUAGAACAAUUAGAAACACCAGAUUAUGAAGAAUUGAAAAAUAAAGAUGUUUGUUUAAUCUGUCUUGAAUCAUAUAAUGAAGGCCGUGAUCAUUUAGCUCAAUUACCAUGUUCUCAUACAUUACAUUAUUUAUGCUUUAUCAAAUCAAGCAGGAUAAAUGGGGAUAGUAAUAAUGUACUUGGAAGUCCAAAUAUGAGAUGUUAUGUUUGUCAAUUAAGUUUGAUUAAGUAUCAUCAAUAUCUUGCUGAUUAUAAAUUAGACCAUAAACAAGUUGAAUUUGUUAAUAAGUGA